AUGACGAGCUCGAUCAGAGCAUCAACUCGUGCCUCGUCUCGCAUAUCACACGAAUCACGCUCAGAUAGCGCAUCGGAACGAAGAUAUGGAUAUCGGUUCCUGAAGCGCUCUGCACAAAGAGUCACGACUACCACGCUCGACGCUUUCUGGAUCGUGGAGAUCAUUGGCGUCAUCGCGAGCAUUGCUUGCUUGACAGCGAUCAUGGUCAUUCUCUCCAUGCAUGACGGGCAGCCAUUCUCAAGCUGGACUUUCUACCUCUCACUCAACGCUGUGGUCUCUAUCCUCGCAACAGCAUCGAAGACGACUGUUUUGCUUGCUGUCGCAGCGGCAGUCAGCCAAGGCAAAUGGAACUUGUUCAAAGAGGACCCACACCCGAUUGAUCUAUUCCAGGCUAUUGACCAGGCUAGCAGAGGUGGCAUGGGAAGUUUGCGAGCCAUCUGGAACAGGAACGUAGGGUUCACUGUAUCGUUUGGAUCCUGCCUUAUUGUCAUGAGUCUCGUCUUUCAACCAAUGAUCCAAGCUACCAUCAGCAACUAUGGAGCUUUGAGUGAUGAUGGGCCACAGGCGGUUGUAGGCAGUACCAGCAACCUUACUGGUGGGUACUUAUACCUCUGUAAGGGCUCCUUCUUGACCUCACAGCGUCCAAAACUGACACUUCGCAUAGCAAAAAAUCUGAGCGGACCUUCAUACGUAUUACUCCGCACGCACGCAAGUUCUGGCCUACAAACCGCUAUCGCCGCUGGUUUCGCAGCGUCGCAACAAUCCAAGGCCAUUCAGCUUGAGUGGACCUGUCAGACUGGUAAUUGCACAUGGCCGCUUUACAGUUCACUGGCGGUCUGCAGUGAGUGCCAUGAUGUCUCAAAACUCCUCGUACGCCGCAAUAAGACUGGAUGGCCUCAAGCAUACAAAGACACAGGUGAUCUUGGAACACCGAGUAGCAAUGCUCAAACAAGGAUUACGCAAUACUCCCUGGAUUACGCGGGCUUGACUAUCGAUAACUGGGACCACUAUCGCAAUGUGACUCCCGAACACGUUGACCAUCUAGCGACUGAAUACAUGGUCGUGGAGCCAUUGUCGGAGCCUAAUAUGACUGCCAAUUUCCAGGAUUACGAGUCUCUACUCGUAGCUUUUAAUGUAAUCAAAGCUAACGCCAGUUACUUGAGCAACCUCACAAUGUGGCAGGACGCACGACCAUCGGCGAGUGAGUGCGGACUAUUUCUAUGCUUGCAAGUCUAUAACACAUCCGUCAGAUCGGGACAACUAUUUGAGAACGUAGUCGCGACCACGAAAAGCAGACUUUCUUCAUCCUGGCACAGCACUGAGCCCGGUAUGCUAUCACGUUUUGGCCAAUCAGAUUCUGAAGAAUUGGAAUGGAGCCCGAUCUAUCAGCACACAUUCGAUUAUCGAACCGACUACCAGCUCAAUGCUUCAAAGCUUAAUAUAUCCACUGCAGAUGCAAAGGGACCGUUUAGUGCUACACAAAGCUUCUUGUUAAGUCUGAUAGGCUAUCUCCAAGGGUUCUUAAAGGUUGAAAGCGACAAUGAUGAUUAUGGCGAUCGCGCAAGUGUGGCGUAUGCUGAGCUUGCUGGUGUCAAGAUAUAUGGGACUUCGGCACUUCAAAGCCUCUUCCAAUCCACAAACUUGAACGAGACUUUUACAAACGUCGCCAACAGUAUAACAUCGUAUCUACGCAACACUGGCGAGCGUACUCAAACAACUCCUGCCAAGCGCUGGACCAUCUACUAUCGAGUACGAUGGGCAUUUCUCAUACUUCCUGUGUUUGUUAUUCUGGGUAAGUAA